GGCGGCUGCAGGGUGCCGUCUUCGCCGUGACCUACUACGGCCGUGGGAGCUCGUUGCUGCAGUACCCCCUCGUGCAGGUCGUGCCAUUUGGAGAAGACAGCGACGUCAGUCACAGGGCUGGCAACUUCUUCUACAGGAUCAUGCUCCUCGCCUUCAGCUCGACAGUACAACCUGCGUGCAAAACGAGCGAAGACCACAGUCAAGGCAAGUUUUCGUUCCUUUGCAUUCCACAUCUCUUAUGUUGUUAUUAUCUGCUGCUUCUCCUGCCCCUUGCACCCAAAAUUGUACAAUGCCUUUGUCCACAGAUGGAUCGAGACCGUUGUAAUUGGGACGGGCCAACUACCCGAUUGUUCCUUGACCUCUGUAUUGCUGAGAAGGAGAAAUUCAACUUCACUAAUCAGGGGUUAACUAGGGACGGGUGGCAUAACGUGCAACGCAGUUUCAAAGAACGUGCAGGCGCUCGAUAUACAAACAAGCAGAUGAGCAACAAACUGCAGGCUUUGAAAAAAGAUACCGAGCCUGGAAGGAACUACACAAGACCAGUGGCCGAUACCGCAGAGGCUACUGAACCGUGUGGUGCACCACCUCCUAACCUUGACCAACUGGAUAUUCUGUUCGGAUCCCACCAAGACAGGGGAUCAUUCAUGUAUGCCGGUGGUAUAAGUGAGUCAACCACCCCUCCAAGCCACGAUCCUGCUGACCCCUCCUUCAAAAGAGCAGUUGAGGACAACGAGGUUAACAGCCCACCAAAGAAAAAGUGCUGCAGUAUGGAGGACUACAUGAAGGAGAUAUCUGAAAGCAUUGUCCAUCGGAGGUCUCGUGAGCAUACCCGUGAGCAGGCGGAGGUUUUCGAAGUCAUGGAAAUGCUGAAACAAGACGGUGUUCCCGAGGGGUCCGAGCUAAGCAUUGGACCUGUCAAGAACUCGGUUUGUCGUGCGUAGUACAAGAACAUGCAAGACCCAGCAAAUCGCGUAGCUUGGAUCGAAUGGACCUGGACGAACGGAAAGCUAAAAUAGCAUGGGUCAUCAUUUGCCAAGUUGUUAGCCGAUGUUGUUAUGGAGUGUACUAGUUUUAAGUUUUCUGAUGUGCCUAGCGAACAAUGUUUGUAGGAAUCUAUGUUUCAGUAAUCAAACUUGGUUUGUAGGUGCACUAAAAAUUUGCCUAUGUUCAUAAGCUUAUUCUGCUAUUACUCAUGUCACUGUUUCUUGUAGGUGAAAUGGAAACUGUGUUACUGUUUGUAGGUG